AUGGUUUUUUUAGAACAAAGCAGGACAAAGUUUACAUCAGAUUUUUAUUCUCGAAAGCGUCCAGAUGAUGAUGAUGAUUUUGUAAACCAGCAACCUGUUACAAUUCCGAUACAAAAGAUUGUGAAAAAUCAAACUAGAAUGGCAAAUCCAGGAAAAGUGGAAGAUUCCUUAAGAUAUUUGAACACUAGGUUCCCUCCGGAACACAUUACCAAAACCAUGGCAUUGCUGAACAAUGGUCAAAGAAAGUGUGUAGAGUCUAUUGGAUUUGGAUCCGCUUUAAAUAUACAAUUAGAAAAACUGUCGCGUACGAUAUGUUAUUGGGUUUUCGACAACUACGACCCAAAUAUCAAUUCGAUUCGUGUAAAGGACAAGAGACUUGUUGUGACAAGGGAGAGGUUGUUUUACCUUAGUUUCAAAAAAGUUGAGGAUGCCACAAUUCAAAGUCCAACUACUGGAAUGAUGUAUUGGACAACAGACAUGUUAGAUAAGAGGGAGUUAGAAGAGUUGUCUAAAGGAGGUUUUGGAAGUGUAAUCAUACCAUCACAACACAUAAGCAAGAACCACACUAAACAAGAAGAUGGCGAGGAUGAUGAUGCCACUGGAUCUAAAAGAGAUUGUAAAUCUCCUGCUGGUUUUAUUGAACAUGUAGUUCAAGAAACAUCACAAAGUGAAAAUGAUGCAGAUAACAACUUGAAGGAUAUUAUGAGCGAAAUUAACAUCGAAUUCAAUGCAUGCGACAAUGCAUUGCGAGCUAUACAUAAGUUGUUGAUGCAAGGUAUAAAUCAGUUUCCAGAUUCUGUCGAACUGCACAUGUUAGUAACUAAAACGCAUCACGAAUUCAAUCUGGCAUGGCCAGAUUUUUCAACAUCUGUUGAUUCUCAUGAUGAGACAUUUUUCAAUGGAGCCGCUACACCUGUUAUGCAAGUCCGAGAUAAUACAGUUGAAACUAAAGUUGAUCAAUUUACGGAAGCUCAAAUGGCAGAUGAGCCACUUAUUGAUGUUGUGUGUACACCAUUUACACAAAUUCUUAAUGCAGAUGCUUUUGACAUGAUGUUAGAAUCGGCAUUUGACACCUCUACAAGGCUUUCAACUCCAUCGGAUCAUGUCGAACCAAAUAUCAAAAUUGAUGAUGUAAACGCGGUUCCUGUUACUAUUGUGGUGCCAAGAUGGACAUCAAGAUUGGUGGUUAGUCCUGUUACUGUUAUGGCACCAAGACGGACAAGAAGAUUGGUGCAACUAACCGAGAAACUUAGAUCACCUUAUUCUAAUAGGGCGUUGAUCCAAACAAAGUUCUUAGACCAAUCGAGGAGAGAGUGUCCGGUUGGAUUUUCACAGGGCUGGACGAGGAAUGGUACAUUUCUAAAUCAAUAUAUCCGUUUUACUGGAAAAUAA